AUGGCUAGACGAUAUCCGGUCUCGCGACAUUGGAGGGCAUACCCGCUCGCCACCAGAACAGCGCAACCACCGGCUCGUUACGUUUUGGUGGAACAAGCAAACCCCGCCUCGGCCUCGUCUAGUCGUAGCAAAGGCAAGGACGAGAAUGAUGGCGAAGAGCCUCAUGGCUGGAAAGGCACGUUCUGGAGGCUCGUAGAGGGCAGCGCGACCGCCUUUGGCUCAGUCGCUGUCCUCGGAUUGGCGGGAUACUCCUACCAUGCCUACUACAAAGACCUCGUCCUGCGAAAAAUGGACAAUGCUUUUGGCGUGGGCUUCUCGACGCCGGAGCUGACCGCCAUGGGCCGACACGUUGCUCCCCACAAGCUUCAAUCUGCGGAUGACCUGACGGGGUUCGAGGGCGAAAACGAGUGGAUCCCGAGAAAGGAACAGGACCUCAUUGACGGCAUCGUUGACGGGAGCGUUCGCGGCCAGUACCACCUGAUCACAGGCGAGAAGGGCACCGGCAAGACCUCGAUGAUUCUCAAAGCGAUGCGGCGGAUCAACGGCGUUGGCAUCGCCAUGUUGGAGGCCCACGGCGACCUCGAGGUCUUCCGGCUGCGCCUCGGGAAAGCCCUCGAUUUCGAGUUCCACGAGGACUACAUAGGAAGCCUGUUCAACUUCAAGGGACCCCGCGACACAACGGCCAUCCUCGACAUCGAGAGAGCCUUCAACAAGAUGGAAAAGGUGGCGCUGCUGCGGCAGAGACACAUCCGGAAGCCGCUGAUCCUCAUCAUCAACCGCAUCCACGUCCUCCGAGACGACGAGGACGGGCGGAACCUGCUCGACCUCAUCCAGCAGCGCGCCGAGAUGUGGGCCGCCAGCCGCCUCGUCACCGUCGUCUUCACCAGCGACGACCACAGCACGACCGAGCACCUCAAGUGGCAGGCCACGCGCAUGGCCGUGACGGACGUCCACGACGUGACCCGGCGCCCGGCCGUCGCGGCGCUGCGGGAGUUCCGCAAAAAGGUGUUCCACGAGGACGUGGCCGAGGACGUGCUGGACCGCGUCUACCAAAAGGUCGGCGGGCGCGUCCGGUUCCUGGACCACGUGGCCCGGUCCAAGGACAUGCUGGCGACGUGCGACGCCAUCUGCAAGCGGGAGAAGCGGUGGCUGCUGGGCCAGUGCUGGAUCCUGGGCGGCGACAUGGACCCGGAGGCGGAGGACCAGCAGGACUACGCCACCACGGCGUUCCUGUUGGCCAAGGCGCUGAUCGACAAGGAGAAGGCCAUGUCGCGGGAGGAGAGGCUCGACGGCAAGCUGCCGGAGAUACCGCUCCACGAGGCGCGGCAGCUCAUGACGCGGGCGGACUUUAUCCAGAAGCACGACCAUUUCAACAUCUUCUCCAUCGACUCCAACUCCAUGGUGCGGGCCGACUCCGUCCCGAUGCACAACGCUUUCCGCGAGAUUUGCUCGCAGGAGGGCUUUGACGAGCUGCUCGAAGCCACGUUGGAGAGGCUUGAUGAGCUGGAGGGACUGCAGAGGACGCGGGAGAUUGUGUUGAAGGAUCUUGUGGACGGGGGAGAGUUCCAGGCGGUGCUUCGCCAGGCAAAGGCAGACGGGGAGCCAGUGACUGUCACUGUCAAGGCUGGCCCGCCUCGGAAAGGAUAG